AUGGCGUCUCGAACUGCUCGUGCAGACUUCGAGGCUAUUUUCCCGUCGCUGGUCCAGGACCUCAGCGACAAUGUGAAUCAGUACGGGAUACCUUCAAAUGCCCUUAAAUGGUUCCAAACCUCCCUGAAUGCAAAUACCCCCGGCGGAAAGCUAAAUCGCGGACUUUCUGUCCCUGAUUCUGGUCUCGCGCUGCUCGGAAAGCUUAGCGAUGAACAAUUCAAGCAUCUCUGCACCCUGGGCUGGCUAACAGAGCUCCUCCAAGCCUUCUUCCUUGUUUCCGACGACAUGAUGGACGGCUCCCACACGCGUCGCGGCGAGCCAUGCUGGCAUCGCCGUCCAGGCGUUAACCUGAUCGCCAUCAACGACUCCUUCAUGCUGGAAUCCAGUAUCUACGUUAUUCUCAAGAAGCACUUUCGUUUCCACCCAGCAUACGUCGACUUCCUGGAGCUAUUUCACGAGGUCAGUUUCCAGACUGAGCUGGGCCAGCUCUGCGAUCUUCUCACCGCUCCAGAAGACAACGUCAACCUGGACAACUUCAAUAUGGACAAGUUCAACUUCAUCGUCAUCUACAAGACCGCAUACUAUAGCUUCUACCUCCCAGUUGCGCUUGCUCUUCACUAUCUCCAGCUCGCAACACCAGGCAACCUGCGCCAGGCGCAUGACAUCCUUAUCCCGCUUGGCCAGUACUUCCAGGCACAGGACGACUUCCUGGACGUGUUCGGCAAGCCAGAGCAGAUUGGCAAAAUUGGCACUGAUAUUCAGGAUAACAAGUGCUCGUGGGUAAUCAACCAGGCUCUGAAGCGGUGUUCCCCGGAACAGCGCAAGGUGCUCGAUGAAUCGUAUGGUCGAAAGGACGCCACCCUGGAGGCGAAGGUAAAAGCUGUUUUCAGCGAGCUUGAUUUAGAGAAAGUCUAUCGUGACUUUGAGGAGGAUCAGGUGAGGAAGAUCCGAGGCAUGAUCGAGGGGCUUGACGAAUCGGAGGGCUUGAAGAAGGGAGUCUUCGAAUCGUUUCUGGCUAAGAUCUAUAAGCGCGACAAAUAG